AUGGCUCUGGGAAAUGUUUCCACAGUCACAGAAUUCAUCUUGGUGGGGUUAACAGACCAGCCAGGACUUCAAAUACCUUUGUUCUUCCUCUUUCUAGUAAUGUACAUGAUAACAACACUGGGGAAUUUGGCUUUGAUCAUGCUAAUUGUACUGAACUCUCACCUUCACACCCCCAUGUACUUUUUCCUAUUUAAUUUGUCCUGCAUUGACCUUUGCUAUUGUUCAGUCAUAACACCCAAAAUGCUAAUGAACUUCACACGAAAGAAGAAUGCCAAGAAUGUUAUUUCUUAUGAAGGAUGUAUGACUCAAUUCUACUUCUUUUGUUUUUUUGUCAUUUCUGAGUGUUAUGUGCUGACAGCAAUGGCCUAUGAUCGCUAUGCGGCCAUUUGCAAUCCACUCUUAUAUAACAUUACUAUGUCUCCUAAGGUGUGUUCUUACCUCAUGCUUGGUUCAUAUUUGAUGGGGUUUUCUGGUGCCAUGAUCCACACAGGAUGUGUCCUAAGACUCACCUUCUGUGACAGAAAUACCAUCAACCACUAUUUUUGUGACCUCCUCCCUUUACUACAGCUCUCCUGCACAAGAACCUAUGUCAAUGAGAUAGAGCUGUUCAUUGUAGCAGGAAAAGACAUCAUUGUGCCCAUGGUCAUCAUCUUUACCUCCUAUGGCUUCAUCCUCUCCAGCAUUCUCAAAAUAAGUUCUACUGAAGGGAGAUCCAAAACCUUCAGCACUUGUAGCUCCCACAUAAUUGCUGUUUCUCUGUUUUUUGGCUCAUGUGCAUUCAUGUAUCUAAAACCCUCUUCAGCUGGGUCUAUGGAUCAGGGAAAAAUAUCUUCUGUAUUUUAUAACAUUGUGGUCCCCAUGAUGAACCCAUUAAUAUAUAGCCUUAGGAACAAAGAUGUCAAAAUUGCUUUGAAAAAAACUCUAACCAGAAGAAAGUUUUAA